AUGCUCACUUUUCAUAAUGUUUGUUUGGUGCCCAGCUCUUUCCAGCUUACCGGCAUCCCAGGGCUUGAGUCCCUGCAUAUCUGGCUCUCUAUCCCCUUUGGCUCCAUGUACCUGGUGGCCGUGGUGGGGAAUAUCACUAUUCUGGCUGUGGUAAGGGUGGAACGUAGCCUGCACCAGCCCAUGUACUUCUUUCUGUGCAUGUUGGCUAUCAUUGACUUGGUUCUGUCUACUUCCACUAUGCCCAAACUUCUGGGAAUUUUCUGGUUUGGUGCUGGUGACAUUGGCCUGGAUGCCUGCUUGGCCCAAAUGUUUCUCAUCCACUGCUUUGCCACGGUUGAGUCAGGCAUUUUCCUUGCCAUGGCUUUUGACCGCUAUGUAGCCAUCUGUGACCCAUUACACCAUACCACUGUGCUCACUCAUACUAUGGUAGGAAGUUUGGGGCUGGCUGCCCUCCUCCGGGGUAUACUCUACAUUGGACCUCUGCCUCUGAUGAUUCGCUUGCGGCUUCCUUUUUACAAAGCCCGUGUCAUCUCACACUCCUACUGUGAGCAUAUGGCUGUGGUCACUUUGGCAUGUGGUGACAGCAGGAUCAAUAAUGUCUAUGGGCUGAGCAUUGGCUUUCUGGUGCUGAUCCUGGACUCGAUGGCCAUUGCUGCUUCUUAUGUGAUGAUUUUCAGGGCUGUGAUGGGCCUGGCAACCCCUGAGGCUAGGCUUAAAACCCUGGGGACAUGUGGUUCUCACAUCUGUGCAAUUUUGAUCUUUUAUGUUCCCAUUGCUGUUUCUUCUCUCAUUCACCGAUUUGGCCACCAAGUGCCUCCUCCAAUCCACACUCUGUUGGCCAAUUUCUACCUUCUCAUUCCUCCAAUCCUCAAUCCUAUCGUCUAUGCUGUUCGUACCAAGCAGAUACGAGAGCGAUUUCUCCAAGUCCUGAAGAUAGAAACUAAAAUUAGAUGA